GUGUCUGAUUCCAUGCUUGUUUCUCGCACUUCUUUUGCCUGGCCUUUUCUGCCUUGGAUCAUUGAUUCCCGCCAAGCCCCAAUUGAUCUCUCUUAUUGUCAACCUCUUUCUUUCGCUUAUAUUCCCCCAUUCCUCCUUCCCGUUUUCUGCCUUUUGUCUUCUCCCUCCUUUUCUCACCUCUUAAGCUUCACUCCACCACCUUUCAGCUCUGCAUAUCAUCAACAAACCAUCAACAACUUGUCCAAGUUUCAACUCUUCAUCUCUCAAACACUUUCAUCAACAUGACUGGACGCGGCAAAGGUGGCAAGGGCCUCGGCAAGGGUGGUGCUAAGCGUCACCGAAAGAUUCUUCGCGACAACAUCCAGGGUAUCACCAAGCCUGCCAUCAGACGUCUCGCUCGUCGUGGUGGUGUCAAGCGUAUCUCUGCCAUGAUCUACGAAGAGACUCGCGGUGUCCUCAAGUCCUUCCUUGAAUCAGUCAUUCGUGACGCCGUCACCUAUACCGAACAUGCAAAGAGAAAGACCGUCACCUCUCUCGAUGUCGUCUACGCUCUCAAGCGACAGGGCAGAACUCUCUACGGUUUCGGUGGCUAGACUUGUUCGCACAAGCAUCACCUCGAAUUGUCUUAUCACAUAUGGCUAUGGUUUUAUGGAGCUUACGGAAUGAUGAAACGGCGCAUGGGUCUUGUAUUCAGAACAAUUGACAUUGGUUUUGAUGGGUACACAGGGGAGAUUUGUGUUUUGCUCAGGAAAGAUGCAGCCAUCAAGGUGGAACUGAGUCCUUUUCUGAUAGAACCUCUUACCACAAAGAAAGACACAUGGUCUAUUGUGACUGCAGUAGACCUCAAUUGAAAUGAAUCAAUCGCACUGCAAUCCAGA